GCCAUGGUCAACCCCACCGUGUUCUUCGACAUCGCGGCCGAUGGCGAGCCCUUGGGCCGCAUCUCCUUUGAGCUGUUUGCAGACAAAGUUCCAAAGACAGCAGAAAACUUUCGUGCUCUGAGCACUGGAGAGAAAGGAUUUGGAUAUAAGGGUUCUUCCUUUCACAGGAUUAUUCCAGGAUUCAUGUGCCAGGGUGGUGACUUCACACGCCAUAAUGGCACUGGUGGCAGAUCCAUCUAUGGAGAAAAAUUUGAGGAUGAGAACUUCAUCCUGAAGCAUACAGGUCCUGGCAUCUUGUCCAUGGCAAAUGCUGGACCAAACACAAACGGUUCCCAGUUUUUUAUCUGCACCACCAAAACUGAGUGGCUGGAUGGCAAACAUGUGGUCUUUGGGAAGGUGAAAGAAGGCAUGAACAUUGUGGAAGCCAUGGAGCGUUUUGGGUCCAGGAAUGGCAAGACCAGCAAGAAGAUCACCAUUUCCGACUGUGGACAACUCUAAUUCUUUUGACUUGCGGGCUUCUUACCCACCAGACCAUUCCUUCUGUAGCUCAGGAGAGCACCCCAGCCCCAUCUGCUUGCAGUA